AUGUCAAGACGUCUUAUUUUAUCGUUGGGUCUAGUAUUGCUUUUCACAGUAAUUGUUUGCUCUGAAACACAACAAUCGAGGAAUAAAAGACAUUUACGAUUUAGAGAUCAUCGAAGAAAUGAACGAAGAGAACAAUUAGAACAAAAAAAACCAAGAGGUAGAGAUAUAGAGCUUUCAGGCCAUAAACAUCCAAACAGAUUUCAAGGGUCACCAAUAUAUGAAAGACCAAUAUGGAAACAUAAUAAUAAAAAACCACAUUGGAAGCCAGAAAAAAGACGCAGACCCCAUCAUCCAUAUUUCCGUGAGGAUAGUUCAGAAAGCGAUGAAGAUGAACCAACAAAAAGAACGACUAAAGUCCCUCGAAAAACAACCAAAAAUCCUUCCAAAACAUUGAGUACAACACAAACACCAACAACUAAAACAACUACAACAACAGCAUCAACAACGACAUCAACACCUCAAGCUUCUACAAGAACUUCAACAACACCAACGCCAACAACUAAAACAACAACAUCAACAACAACAACAAAAACUUCUACAACAUCAUCAACUACACCAACGCCAUCAUUAUCAACAACUGUAUCAACUUCUUCAUCAACAUCAACACCAACAACAACAAUACCUCCAUCUACUACAACAACAUCAACAACACCAAUUACUGAAGCAAUAUCAACAUCAACACCACCACCAACAGCAACAACAGCAGCUUCUAUAACGUCAUCAACUGAAGCAACUUCAACAUCAACAUCAACAACGACAACAGAAGCUUCUACAACAUCAUCAACAACACCAACACCAACAACUACAACAUCAUCAACAACUGAAGCGACUUCAACAUCACCACCAACAACGACAACAGAAACUUCUACAACAUCAUCAACAACACCACCAUCAACAACUGUAGCAACUUCUUCAUCAACAUCAACAACACCAAUAACUGAAGCAAUAUCAACAUCAACACCACCACCAAUAGCAACAACAGCAGCUUCUAUAACGUCAUCAACUGAAGCAACUUCAACAUCACCACCAACAACGACAACAGAAACUUCUACGACAUCAUCAACAACACAAAUAACUGAAGCAAUAUAA